AGAUUACUUUAUAACCCAGACUGAGGGAGAGGAGAGGGAUUCUUAAGAAGGAUUUCGGGGGUGAAGGACUGCUCCCUGUAAGCAUCCAGAAUGCCGUUCAUAAAUAUUGACGACCUGACGGACAAGGACAAGGCUGUAAUGGAAGUAAACCAACUAAAAACUGAAAUGAAACUUGAGAGGUGGUUGACAUCUAAAUGCUGUGAGGAAAUCAAGGACUAUAUUCAGGCCGCAGAGGAGGAGGACACCCUCGUCAAAGGCAUUUCAGAGGAGAAGAACCCCUUCAAGGAGAAAGGUGGCUGUGUCGUCUGCUAG